CAAAAAUAACCCCAUACUCCCCUUUCUAAUUCUUCACUGGGCACCAACACAUGCUCACACACACCACUUGAAUGAUACUCCUGCUAUAUGAUACAGGCGAGUGGUCAGGAAAAAAAAAAGUGAGGUCACAACUACAGGACUCCCUCAUCUCUUCUUCUGCAUUCUAGUUUAUACUAUAUUACAGACCAAGAUAUAUUUCAGACAUCUUAUCUGAUAACCAUAUUAUAAAGUAGAACCUGUUUCAGCAGAUAUAAAUUAUUGUACAGGAACAUACCAGGACUAAAUUGAAGUGGUCACCAUGAUGUCUGAUGACUACUUGGUGGACUGCAAAAUAGAUGAUGAUGACUAUGACGAGGAAGAGAUGAAGAUCCAGCCCACUCCAACUCCCCCAUCAGAGUUCUGCUCCAGCUCCCAAGUGUCCAAAAGCUAUGGUGAAACCAGAGACCCCUAUGGAGCCAACAACCACUUGAGGAUGGAGCUUAGUGAUGUUUUGGCCGAGCCAGCCUCGUCACACAGUUACGAACGUGUUUGGGUGUACAGUAGCAUUGGGUUUGAGUCAGCACGAAUCUGGAGUUACCGCUGCCUCACGGCACUGUUCGCAGUCCCCAUUUCCUGCCUCUCUGGUUGUCUUUUUGCACUGCUGGCCUGCUUACACAUCUGGUGUGUGAUGCCCUGUGUACAGGUGUGUCAUACCUGUUUGCCCUGUGUUAGGUCCCUGUGGAUGAGUGUGGUGAAUAUCUUCAUCAUGCCACUCUGCAUGUCUGCAGCUCACUGUUGUAGUGGAAUAUAUGUAUUAUUCUCUAAUGAAUGAGGCACGCAGUGAAAAAUGCACUCCAUAUAUCAGAACCAUCCUUUUUUAAAUUAAAGCAUACAGUACACACUUCAUUACAUUAAAAAAUGUAUUUCAAUAUUCAGUGCACUUAAAUACAUCUACGUUGGAGUUUAAUGAAUGGAAUAUAAACAAUGUUUAAAUAAACACUGGUCGCUGUGUGGCUUGAUAUGCCAAAUUUAAUCAACCAUAACAUAUAACAUAUUAACAUAUAACAAGAAUCUAGGUUUCGUCCAUCCAUUUUCCAUACUGCUUAUCCUACACAGGGUCCAUUGCAAUACACAAUCAUAGAGUGUCCUAUUGCACACACAUUCACACACUAUAGACAAUUUGGAAAUGCCCAGCAGCCUGGGCUUAAGAAGGAAGCCGUGGUACGCAGGGUGGGGGUAGGAUUUGAGCCCCCAACCCUGGAGGUGUGAGGCAAACAUGCUUACCACUAAGCCUCUGAGCCCCCCUCUAUUUUUCAUUUCAAUCCUUACACUUGGCUUGGCCUGAAGUUAGGAAGAAUUCAGUUCCCCUGUUUACAAUUCAGUUCCUCUGUUGGCCCGAAGUUCCGGAGAAUUCAGUUCCCCAGUGCCCAUGUGAGAAAUCAUGACAUUGUCUCCAGUAGCUGCAUUGAGCAGCCUGUGUAUGCUCAAUCACCAUGUUUUGCUUUAUAACAUUAUUAUUAUCUGUUCAUCAGGGUAAGGUAAAUUUUACAUUGCAUGUCAAAUAGUUUGUAAUUAAAUACAUGCUUUGAAGUAUAGAAUGUUUUGUUUUAGGUUUUAUCACUCAGUCGUAUGACGGAUAUACUGUAACUCUAGCUUUUGCUCUGUUUUCAGUAUCUCUGUGUAACUUAACUAGAGUUAAUGCACCAAGAUUAAUUAACCAAUAUAUACCUCAAUUAGGACUGUAAAUGCCUAGUUUAUCAGACAUUUUGUUGUUUGGAUAGUAGGUAAUUUAUUUUGUAUUAUUAUUAUUAUUAUUAUUAUUAUUAUUAUUAUUAUUAUUGCUGUUGUUGUUGUUGUUGUUGUUGUGUUUUUGUAUCAUGUAUGUCACACAACCUGACAUUGACUACAUAAAUAAACUAUAUUGCAUGGCUUA